AUGAGGUGGAUUAUACUCUUUUCUCUAUGCCUGGUCGUUGUGCUAGCUGCGCCAGCGAAUGACUUGUUUAGCCGUAUAACGCAGCAAGUGAUCGCUCUGGCCGUAAGUUUAAGAGUAUCUUAUAAACCAGCUUUUAAUCCAAAUAAAAUAAGAAAUGGAGCUUAUGGCUUGGGCAAUAUCAAACUCCAAUACGAGCCUCGGAGACCUGAAAGACGUUUAAAAGAUUUAAAAGAAACAACGCCGUCAUAUAUGAAUCCUUUAACCCCACCAGCAAACAAUGUCAGCUUACGAAACGAAGAAGCCGCCUCUUUUUUCUGCGUAUAUAGUCCGUAUAAGUCUUGGUCUCAAAAGGAGGAGGCGGAGUGCGUAAGGUCUUCCUCACGCCCCAGCCGCCGCAAUAGGCGACACUCUGGGUGUUGGGAUCGAGCUAUGAACUCUGGUCACUGUAAGCGCGAUUACCCGAUGACGCCAGGGCGCGAGGACGCCAGAGCGCGCACUAAUAAACCACUACAGACGAAGUCCUACAGGGCUGAUGUUCAGCCGAGGUUGCAGUGUGUGCAGGGCUAG